GCAUGCGCGGUGGAGGAGGCUCUGAGCCCGGAGGCUUAAGAUGCCUCGUCGCGGUGGCGGCGGCUUUCUGCGCUCCCUUUCCCCCACAUUGUUUUGUAACAGGAGCCGCUGCUACGCGGAGCCUCUUUGCACAUGCGUUUGCGGCGUGGGUCCCGAACCGUUUGCUGCAUUACAUUUGGCCCAUUAUAAGUGCCACCAGUCCUCUGGAUAAGUUUCCUGCCCGCGGUUACGUGUCGUGGACGGGUUGCUUUUCAAACUCAGUCCGCGAACGUGUGAACGCAUUGAGUGCGACGGUAGCACUGCAACACCCAAGAAAUAAGAUGGAUGUACAGGGCUUAUGUAAUUUCAUGCACAUCGUUAACUACACCACCACCCUUGAGCAAUACCCUUGUGAUCAUACGCAAGUGUACGCUAACCCUCCUUUUGCCACUGUUUUUUCCCGUUUCCCUCUUUCUGCGUUUCUUUGCGUCACUUACUGAAUUCGCACCUCGUAGCCGGCGCUGCCGGUUGGCCGUUUUCAUUUCCGCAUCUUCGCAGAGCCGGCCUCCUUUUCCCUCUCGGCGUCUGGAAGGUAAAAUAGGAUGCACCUGGAUACCUGCUGCUGAGGUUUCGGAUGCACUGCAGUGCCCUGGCUUCACUGGCCUUUGGGGGCAGGCAGGAGGGGGGGCGGGCUCUUUCUCAAUCUGCAUUUCUGCUUUGGAGCUGCCGGACCGGCUCCCGUUCUGUGCUCAAGACGCUGGACUUGCUGUCUCCAGCGACGGCGUGCUAAAUUCUGCAGGUGUGUUGGGCCCGGCGGGAGGAAAGGCUCUUUGAGCUUGAGCAAGAGAUUUUGAGGCUCCAGCUGCUGAACUGACAGGAGGGCUCUAACUCCAGAUAUAAAUCCUCGUCAACAGUUAUUCGCGGCUACAUGUCUGGGAUCACCGGUGUGUGUUACUGCUGGCUUUGGGCUGAUCACUGUAAUGCCCUCUAGCCUAGAAAGGUCUUUAGCAAUUGGAAUUCUGCAAAAAAGAGAGAAAGAGAAAGAUGAUGAUGUAAUUGUCAAAUGAAGGAUGCUAAGGAUUAUAUAUGGUGCAAAUACCCAUUUCCUGGUAGUAAUGGUCUCUUCGGGGAGAAUGAGACCUUUUCCUACUUUCCUUCUUUAUGGGGUUUGUGCCAUCUUUGAAAAUAGUACGAUGAGUAUCUCUUGACCUUGAUUAGCAACUUCAAUGUAGCUUCCGCUUUUCCCUGCCCCACUUUAGUCCCUCUUGGAAGGAACAUCAGGGUCAGAUUGCUGUUUGUGCGUGUUAUUCUUUUACUGCCAGAGAGCUGAGCAUUUCAUAAUACUCCUUUGGUUUUCCAGAAGAAGGCUGGCGAUCAAAAGUGAGGAAGUGUGUGCCUUGUAGCAAUGUCAGGGGAUGCAGCUCCAGUACCAGAGCAGGUAAACAGCAACGGUUGCAACCAAGAAAACAAACCUUCAAAUCAGCGAUUCUCGGAGAAAAAGUGCUGUGAGUAUUUGUGAUGCUUUGCUUUGCUGGGCAGCACAUAUAUAAAUACUGAAACAAAAGUGGUGUGUGGGUGUGGGUGGGUGUGCUCCAAGUUUCAAAUUUAUCACAGUGCUAAAUAUAGGGAUGAAUUAUUCCCCGGGGCACAACCCUUGAUGUUAUGAGACCAAGCUAAAUUAUAUAUAGCGGCAAGCUUUCUUUUAGCCUCACCUGUUUCACAGGGGUUGUUCUGAGGAGAAAAAAAGCUCUGGAAAGAGAAGAGGGAGAACCAUGUUAAUUUGAUAUGUGAAGUUCUGUGAAAGGCAGAAUAAAAAUAAAAUUGGAAUAGAAAUACUUUAAAGGAAUUGAUAAUGGGAUUAAUUUUAUAUAAAUUACUGUCAGCCUGGCCCACGGCUACUUGUGUCAUUUCUGUUAAAGUGACUAAACUACUACCACUUCCCCCACUUUGAAUAGCUGUAUACUUUUAGAAUGUCUGCCAAAGGGUUAGUUGUAUGCUGUAGGACCCUAGUUUCUAGGAGACUUCCUACAACUGUCACAGAGUCAUGAGAUAGUUUGCUAAUGAAGAAUAAACAACCUCAGUACCAGGAUCCUUUAACCUAUAUUCUUAGAACUCAUUAUUUGUUUUAGAUCCUCUGGGAAGAGGGUGAAUAAGUAAAUGAAUGUGAAGUCCAGUAGGUCAGUAGGGUAACUUACAUUCAGUUCCUUCUACGCUGGUAGGGCUUCUUGCAGUCUUGUGAUUACAGAAAAUAUACAUGCAACUGCCAGUCUCUCUCUACCACCAGGAAAUUGCUUGUCUGCACCCUAUUCCAAAAUAUUUCUCUCUGGCUGUAUGACUGUAGUCCCUGCAGUAUUCCUGUAAUCAGUGCUUUUUUCUGGGGGGACGUAUACCCUAAACAUUUUGUGAAUCUUUGUACUUUUGUUCAUUUACUGUUUUUAUUUUUCCCUAUUUGAACUAUAAAAUGGUGAUUUUCUUGAGUCAAAAUUGAGAGUACUCCUAAACAUAUUUAAAGGAAAAAAGCACUGCCUGUAAUAGCUAGGUUUGUUGCAUUGUUCUAGUACAGUAGCCUGCAUACAAUUUGUUUUUGCUGACAUGACUUUUUUUUUUUAAUUUAAAUUUUUGGACUCUUUCUUGAACCCUAUCCCUCAAUUUUUUGUAAUGGCACUGACUUACUUUAUUGGUUGAAUCCUAUACUACUGUAGUGCACCAGCCUAAUCUCUGAGUAGCAAGAGACUGUGGGGGUGCCUGCACGUUACUCAAGGCUUCAUUUCCUUGGAAUGAAGGUCAGCAGACUGUGGUGCCUUUAGGAUACAUGGUUUUAUUUACACUUAUAUACAAUAUGGAGGGGCUCAUAUAGCAUUAACACCGCAUCAUAUCUUGCUUCUCCAUUAGGCUUCCAGGGAAGCCCAAAAUUCAGCUUCAGAUCCAGGACAGAACAGAUACGUCUAGCUUCCAGCACCAGCUAAACACACACACACAGCACUCAUACCAUGCUACUGUUCUUCAUGAUGACAGUGGCAUCUAGUCAGAUGAGGGGAGUGGAGAGAAUGCCAACCCUCCAUCCCUGGACAGCACCAUCACUUAGUUGUAGCUAUUGCAGUCUAGUUCAUUCUCUUUGACAUGCCAGUGAGAGUACUUAAGUGGCCAGCUAAAGCCAUUAUCUUACAUAGAAAUUUUGUCUGACCUGUUCAGCAGCGCCUCCUAGAUUGUAACCCUCACUGGAUACAGGCUCACAGGUCUGGAAGGAAUCCAAGGAUAUAAUCCAGACUGACACACAGACACCCAACUCACAACGCUAUUCUUUGAAAAUUAAGGCCAGACAGACCCAUAGUAGGGUUUAGUCAUGGUAGACUGACAGUUUGAGCAGACAAUCAGUGUAGAGCAGGCUUCCUCAAACUCAGCCCUCCUAAUGUUUUGAGACUACAAUUCCCAUCAUCCCUGACCACUGGUCCUGCUAGCUAGGGAUCAUGGGAGUUGUAGGCCAAAAACAUCUGGAGGGCCAAGCUUGAGGAAGCCGGGCUGCUUUUUCAGCAUAAGUUGCCCAAUUCCUUCAACACAAAAUUUUGAUCUGGAAAAUUAUUGUUGUCUGCGGUUUUGUACUUUCAGGACUGUCACACCGAAGCUAAAAUGUGAUUUAACUCUUGUAGAGAUAAGCUAUUAAAAUUGUUCUUUCUCUCAGACAGACCUAGCUCAUCUUUACAUGUCUCCUUAUUUUUGACACUAGACCCAGUGAACUUCUUUUGCUGAUGCCCCACUAAAAACAAAGCAAGUUGCAUAAAAAUAGAGAUUUCUUCAUCUGCAACUUCCAUCUAUUUCAGCCCGGCUUGCAGAAUGGGUUGUACCCAUUUUUAUGUUACAAUCUACUUCCUUUAACCUUGGGAUAAAAAAGAAAUUUUGUUUAGGUUAUUGCCAGAUUACAUUUGAGAGGAGAAUUUAUCUCAUUAGUAAAAUUGGUAGGCUUAGGGGUUCCACCUUAUUUCAAGAGAUCCAGGCAAGCCAGUAAUGAAGUAGCUUCAGGUUUCUCUCAUAUGAAUCUGUCAGAGAUGGAUAUGGCCACACACUGGUAAAAUGUUCAGUUAUGCAAUUUAAUCCUGGAUCCACUACAAUAAUUGAGAACAUUGGUGUUGACUGAAAUGGAGCCAGGAUUUCUUGGAGUAGUAGCUACAGCAGCCACCCCCAAACUAGUCCUUCCAUAAGCUGGGGCUAUAAAUGGGGAGAAAUUCUAUUUAGUUUGCAUUUAAAAAUAAUGACAUCUAGAGAGUAUCAUGUUGGGAAGGUUUGUCUGCAGGUUCCACAGACAUCUGUUUUGUUAGGCUUUUGAUCAUUGCUGUACCGAAUACAAAUCAUGUACACGUAUCUACCAUGAACUGCAGACUAUUCUUUCACUGAAGAAAAAUAAUAUAUUUCUUGAUAAGCAUCAUACGCAGCUCCUGUUCAUUUGAGGGCAGCAUGAAUGUUAGAAAAUUCGGCAUCUUAGACAAAAAGCAAAUAAAAGACUAGUUUAAUUUUUUUUCAGAUCUAUAUUCAUCAUGUUCAGAAAGGAAGCUGGCUCCAUUGGUGUUCUCAAGAGGGAUCGUGACAUUUUUCUGUUAACCUUGAAAAGCCCACAGCUUAAUUGGAAAAUAUUUUUAACUGAGUGACACACUCAGUUUGAGGCACAUAGUCAGUGGCUAUUUUUUGCUUGGUUAGCCUUCUUCGUUAGCAAACACCUGAUACAACCAUGCCAUAGUCCGCUGAUUGAUUAUGGGAGCAGAACACGGUGUCCUUGUCUAUGGCAGAUGUAUGGGCAGAAGGAGUUGUGGGAAGCCGUCAUUACUUUGGCUUAUUGCUAGCAUUUUUCUUUUUCAGUCUUGUAGAAGUCACCUAUUCUGUCUUUGCUUUCUUUGCAGCAUGGGCCUCUUAUAUGACCAAUUCCCCUACUCUGAUUGUAAUGAUUGGCCUCCCUGCAAGAGGCAAGACCUAUGUGUCCAAGAAAUUAACUCGCUACCUCAACUGGAUUGGAGUGCCUACAAAAGGUUUUUUAUAUUUCUAUGCAUGAGAUAUAAUAGUUAUUACGCAGUUAAAACAAUAAAUAGUUUCUGAUCAGCUGCGAGUGGCUGGGAAAGCUGGUAGUUAGAAGCUUGCAUUAAUCCAGUCCUGGUUGAUUAUGCCUAGAUGUGGUUAUCUUUUUAUUUCUUCCUAUAAUUGAAAAGUUGUUCUGAACAAGUGCUAAAUAACAAUGGUAUCACAGUAUUCUACUUUUUGGCAGUGUCAGUACAAGGAAAAGAAAUAUGUUUCAGUGGUACUUUAGAAGUCUAAUUUCGGCUCUAUUUUUUGAAAAAAGUUUCUUAUUGCGAUCCCCAGAGUCUUUAGGUGAUUGAGAAUCCCAAACAAGUUGGUGGGCCUCUAUAAGCAUAGUGUUUGUGAUUCAGUUUUCCCAUUUGGAAAAUGGAAAUAACCAUUUAUAGGUAUUCAUGUAGUACAGCAAUAUUUGUACUUAGAUCACAAAAGGAUGCAUUGAUGCCAUGUUUUUAAUUUCUUAAUCUCCUUUUUUAAGUGAGGCCCAUGAGGAGGGGAGUGAAGGUAAAAUCUGAUUGAAUAGUGGUAUUUUGAUGACUGGCAUUUAGAUACCAGAUUUCCAUCUGCUAUUAGUACUGUAACACUAUUUAUUAUGGAAUGUUGACAACUGAAUUUCCGUUUUGUGAAGUAUUUAACUUAGGAGUCUACCGCCGUGAAGCAGUACAAUCGUACAAGUCAUAUGAUUUCUUCAGGCAUGAUAAUGAAGAAGCCAUGAGGAUUCGAAAGUAAGUUAAUGCCAGCAUCUCUCAAAAUAUUGGUGACUGUUAAAUAAUAACAGAUAAUCAUAAUUCAGUAUUUAUGUUGCUAGUUUUGGAAUUCACUAAAAUUAACCUCAAAACACAGGGAGAUGUUAUUUUUAAACCUUUGAAGAUAGAAAAGCCAAGAUAUCAUUCAACUUUUAGUAAGUUAUCCCCAUGGGAUAGAAAUAAAUAAAAGGAAGGGCGGAAUAGUAGGGUAGAGGGGGGCAUGUGAAGAAACUAUCCUACUGUACCAGGGGCAGCCCAUCCCAUUUCGCCACCCCCAUAUCUGAUUCAGUGGGUUGCACUAUAAAAUAAACAGGGAGAAGGCUAUUGCUGUAUAACAUAUUCCACUGACUCACUGCAUCCAGUACAGUAGUACCUCGAGUUACAAACACCUCAGGUUACAAACUCCACUAACCUGGAAGAGUUACUUUGAGUUGAGAACUUUGCCCCAGGAUGAGAAAGGAAAUCAUGUGCUGGCAGCACAGCAGCAGCAAGAGGCCCCAUUAGUGAAAGCACACCUGUAGUUAAGAACAGUUUCAGGUUAAGAACUGACCUCCAGAACGAAUUAAGUUCGUAACUAGAGGUACCACUGUAGUUUGGUUUGAUGUCGUCUUUGGUUUAAACCAUCCUACUCGAUGAUGAUGAUGAUGUUGAUUAUCUUGCAGACAAUGUGCCUUGGUGGCUCUUGAAGAUGUGAAAGUUUAUCUCAUGGAGGAGUCUGGCCAGAUAGCUGUAAGUGCACACAAGAUUAUUGGCCUUCAGCUGGUGGUUUGGGACCCACUACAGGCGGGACCGAGACACAAGAGCACCACUUCCCAUCACAGGGGAAAUUAAGAAUUGGCCUCACAAUGUAUGUCUGGGCUAAUGGCGUGUCCAAGAUCUCAAGGUGGGCCCUAAAUGAAUUAGAGUUUAUGGCACAAGCCCAGAAUACAUCUACUCGUAUCUAAUAACAGGAUGUAAUUUCUCAUGGCUUUCUCUCCAGGAAAACCCGCUCUUUAGCAGUGAAUUGGAACAAACAGCAAUCCAGUUUUUCUGUGGAACUGUUUUCAGCAGUAAAGAGUGGGUUUUCAUGGGGAAAGUGUCGGGGCAAAAGAAGAAGAAAGAAAAAGCUCUUAGACACAUAGAAUCAUAGAAUUGUAGAGUUGGAAGGGAUCCCAAGGGUCAUUUAGUCUAAUCCCCUGCAAUGCAGGAAUCUCAGCUAGAUCAUACAUGAGAGAUUGCCAUCCAACCUCUGCUUAAAAACCUCCAAGGAAAGAAAAUCCGCCACCUCUCAUGGGAGUCCAUUCCACUGUCGAACAGCUCUUACUGUCAGAAAGUUCUUCCUGAUGUUCUUGCUUGGACUCCAAGAUCAUCUGCUAAUGCCCUUCUCUGAGUACCUCUCCCAUCAGAAACUGAGAUAAAUUGAAGUGAAGUUGGUAUCAACUACAGAGAGGACUUUUCUUGGCUAGACUGCCCUAGUUAUGGAACUUCCCUCUCCAUAGGGACUUGUCCAACCCCAACAUAAUCUUUUAGGUACCAGGCAAAAUGUUUUUACUCCCCCAGGCCUUUUAAGCACAGUUUCUGAUAUUUUAUCCGCUGCUUUUAUUUGUGGUCAGUGUCAACAUGUUCAUUGCUUUAUUGUUGUGAAUCAUCGUAGCAUCAAAUUUAAUGAAGGGCAGUAAACAAAUGUUUGAAUACAUAAUUAAGGCUGUCUCCAAAUACUGCUUUCUGAAAAGAUUGGCAUGUGUUGGACUUGUAGGUGUCAAAAGGUGAGAAGUUCCAAAGAUUGGAGCCACAGCCGGAAAAAACUUCCUCGUUUGUCCCCGCCAAUCUCAUUUACUUGGGUAGCAGGGUCCCUACCCCAUGUCAAUCUAUCCUAAGUUUGAGUUUUUAUCUCUGUUUAUAUUUGUUGUGUCACUCUAGGCUCUCGGAGAGGCAGCAGAUUAAAAUGUAAUAAAGAUUUUAGUAUGUGGUUUGAGUUGUAAUUAAGACCUGGAAGUUCUGCUUCAUAUGUGCAGUGAGAUUCUGCCAGCUUAUCUAUUUAAAAAUAAUAAGGUGUGGAGUCCAGUAGAGUUCUUUGAGAUUUUGUUAUGAGACGGACUUGAAUUCAAUCCAUUAUUAAAUGUUUAGCUGAGAUUUAAAGCUGUCUAGGCAUGUGUGUGUUUGUAUGUUAUCUGCCUAUUCUUCUAAUGUUCCGUGGAUACCUAAGUUUGAUGGGCACAUUUGUCUAUCUCUUUAAGGUCUUUGAUGCAACUAACACAACUCGGGAGAGGCGGGACAUGAUUUUGACCUUUGCUAAAGAAAAUUCUUUUAAGGUGAUGACUUCAUUACAAGCUUGUUCCCAGUUCAAAGUAAAAAAUGAGCUUGUCUAUCAUUGUGUGCUAGAGCAGGGGUGGGUGCGGGUGGGGGGUGUAUAAUAAGUUCUCAGAGCAGGUUACCUCUCAUUUUGGAUUCUUUUUAAUUGGGAAGGAAUUAUCUAAAUUGCUAAAUUAGGACUUACUGAUUAUUAAAUUAUUAUUACUGAAGUAGAAAUUUUAGGGGCCUGAUGACAGCUGUAGAUACAAAAUCUAAAUGAAAGUAAAAACCCAUUCAGGUGGUGAGCCCAUAUCAAGCAAAGCCAGAGCAAAAGUGGCUGGACCACCCCAUUUCUCUUUCCUUCUCUCUUUCAUUGUUUAUUUCACUUCCUCCCUCUGCCUCUCCUCUUCUGCUACCUUCUUUUCUGCCUCUCUUUCUGACCCUCCCUUUUCUCUCCCCAACCUUCCUCUCUACCCAGUGAUCUGACUACUGGUGGCAGAGAAUUCCAGUGGGCGGUGUGAACUAAUUGCAUACCAAGGCCUUUUGAAAUUAGGCUGAGGUGGCUGCAGCCUGUAGAGGACCUGCAAUUUAAUAAGCAUCUUUCCUCCUCCAACCCCCAACCCUUUUGCAGGUGUUUUUUGUGGAGUCUGUCUGUGAUGAUCCAGAGGUCAUUGCUGCCAAUAUAUUGGUGAGUAUUUGACAUAUUCCAGAGGUUGGCCUACUUAGAUUUUCUUUGUUACAGAAUACUUAACUGGCAUUAGUUCGGUGUUGCUAGAGAAAGACCACCAUUUUGUGAUGUUUUAGAUCAGCUCCACAUUUCAUUCAUCAUUUGUUCUUCCUUCUGGUUUGCCAGUGUUGUGUGGAUAUUCAUCAAAGAAAAGGCAUACUACAGAUUGGAUGUAGACUUCCUGUGAGAGGAACUCUGUUCAGGGGAAUGCUUCUGCCAGGGAAAAGGGUGUAGGCAGCAAUUUUCAUGGGUUCCUCCUUCCCCCUGCAUCUCCCUGGAAAUCUGGUCUUGAGGGUUGACUCUGGAUUCAGUCCAGUUUGAACACCACUUGAAAAAUAUCAAACAAAAUAAUGGCACAUACUGAAGAGCUUAGUUCUUAGUUCUCGAUGAGAGCUGGGGCUGGCUCAUCCAUGAGGUAAAGCAAGGCUACCAUCUCAGGUGGCAGAAUCCAUAGGGACAGUAGAUCUCGAUGUAGAUCUUUACAUUUUCUCCCUUCUUCUUCCCUGGUGGGGAGGGGGAUGCCAUUUUGUGGUUCACCUCAGGUGCCAAAAUGUCUUGGGCCAGCCCUGAUGAGAGCUGUCCAAGGUCAUUCAGUGGUUUUGUUUUUUAUAUUGCAGUAUUAGACAGUGCUGUUGCCAACACUAUCUGUUCCAAGACUCUUGUUUCAAGUUCUCAAAGGGCCACUCUAUACUGUGGCUGGAGUUCCCUGGUAUGUGUCUGCAUAUGUUUAUGGUCACAUAUUGCCCUUCACAUGUUACGUAGUACACUUGUUACAAUGGGGUGACCCUGGUCUUUGCCAGAGUAACCAUGUAAAUUGGCUAUCAGCACUGCAGUUAGACUUCCUGCUAGCAGCACACCUGCAUUUUAGUGUCAUGCUUAGAUGCCAGGUUACGCAAGAUAAUGUGUGUCUUUACAGAUUCAUCAGUCCAAUUUUCAAAUGGCAUGUGAUUUUAAUGACAAAAGCUAUCUGCAGUUGUAGAAUGUUGAAACCCCUUUCCCUCACCUGGAAAAGGGGGUUCAACACUUGAGGUUAUUUCCCCACAUGAGGUUAUUUUUCCCCCAGCCAGGCUGCAAUAUCUGAAGUAAACCCAGCUGGGAGAAAUGGCCCUGCAAAUGUAGAGGAGGGAUUUUUGGCCUGGCCUUAGAGAUCAGUGGAACGGUGGUUUGACCCCAUAAAAGACACUUUUUAAAUAAUUUCCGAGCUUUGUGAGUAAAUAAAUCCAGAACAUCUCAGUGAUCAUUGGGUUUGCUUAUUUCUAUUUCAAAAGUAAUUUUAUCAAGUUUAUAUGUAUCAUAUACUUCCCCCCUCCAUAAUUUUACUCCAAUGGGGUGGGUGGGGAGUGUAAGUAAUAGCUUUUGGCAAUGGCUACUUCCUUAUAUGCAGAGCUUGAAGAAAAUAGUGUUGGUUUAGGUAUGGUAACUUAAGGCUAAUGGAUGUAUUUACGUAAGUUAUGUAAGACUUUGGAAGCUAAAAUUAAGUCAUCAGAUUAUUGACCUUGGAACAUAUUUUUGGCACAAGCUUGCAAACAGCAUGCAUUGAAAGGUAAUAGAAAGGGCAGCCCAGUCUAUCUAUUCCCAAAGCAAAUAAUGCACUAUUCAUUUAGUAUUGUCCUUUGUUUCUGUGCCAGGAUGAGACAGACAUUUAAACAGUAUCUUUUUGUUUGGAAGCUUAGGGAUCAUGUGUGUUGGAGCCACGCUGCUUCAGGAGCAGCCAGUCAGACACUUGUUUCACUAGUGCUUUUUCUUUUCUUUUUAUGUAUAAAGUUUGCUUAACUUUUGAAACAACUUUCUUUGUUGAUCAGGAAGUGAAGGUUUCCAGCCCUGACUACCCAGAAAGAAACCGAGAGAAUGUGAUGGAUGAUUUCCUAAAGCGAAUAGAAUGCUAUAAAGUCACCUAUCAGCCUCUUGAUCCAGUUAAUUAUGACAAGUAAGAGGCAGGACAAAGGAGUCGGGAGAUUUUCAAGUUGUUGUAUGUGUUUGGGGUGGAAAUGAAGCCAAGAAGAGAACUACAUGUGGUGACAAUUCAGCAUUUCCACAAGGAUAUUGUACGAGAUAUUAGAAAUUCAUAUGUUCUAAACCAACAAGGGGAGAGGAAGUUCAAAUGAGUUGACUUCCUUUUCCCCCACACUUGUUUAGAACAUGCGAAAACACUCUUCAUAGUAGCAGAAACAGCAAUCUCUUAUACUUAUAUCCAUUCUUGCGUCCUGGGAAUGUUCUAAUAUUCCUCUCUGCUUAGAAUUUUAAGCACUAUCCUUGCAUGUUUGAAGUUCUCCAUCACUGAUAACUGGAAACACUUUGUAAAGAAAAGAAAGGUGGUUUUUUCCUUGUUGUUCUGUACUCUUAAGAGACUAAGCAUUCAUCACCUUAGCACAAACAUGUCUGGUUUGGCUCACAGAGUUGCACUGUCGCUACUGUAAGUGUCAGUGUUGCCAAAGUUCAUAAUUACCUGGUUUGGAAAAUGAAUUUAUCCAGCUCAUAAUCGACAUCAUUUCCUGUAGGUAUUUCUCUGCACAUAUGCAGAAAAUCAUUUCUGAGCUGAGCAGUGAGUUUUCAACUGCCCUAUGCAUAUUUAUGUAUUUUUCAUCGCCAGCCCUAUUUCUUGGUUCAGGCUGGGCUAUGUUAUACAAAAGCCUCCCAAAAUUAUUUUUAAGGCCCUGGCAGAUCUCUGAUGAAGCUUAUAAAUUCUGAGCCAAUUCCAAACCCAGCUGAUGGGAAUUCACGCCACACUGUAUCCUGUAUUUAUGCAGCAGUUUGUGAUCCCGGUGGAUAUGCUGUUGUAAAUGAGUUCAGUGAUCCAACUUUACAUGCAGCACUUAAUAUGUAUACAUUCACUUAUGGGUUGUGAAACAUGUACAUAUGGAAGAAAAUACGUACAGUGGUGCCCCGCAAGACGAAUGCCUCGCAAGACGGAAAACCCGCUAGACGAAAGGGUUUUCCGUUUUUGAUUGCUUCACAGGACGAAUUUCCCUAUGGGCUUUAAUAGCCUUUUUUUUUUAGCAGCUAAUCCGAUAAGCCGAUAAGCCUUUAAUAGCUGCUAAACCGCUAAUAGCGCUAAUCCGCUAAGCCGCUAAUAGGGUUGCUUCGCAAGAUGAAAAAACCGCUAGACGAAGACACGCGCGGAAGGGAUUAAUUUCGUCUUGUGAGGCACCACUGUAUUGAAUUAUUAUAUUGAUAAUGUUUCUGGUGUUUUCUGAAUUCCAGAGACCGUUCUUUCAUUAAAGUGAUCAACGUAGGGCAGCGCUUCCUUGUCAACAGAGUCCAAGAUUACAUCCAAAGUAAAAUUGUCUAUUACCUUAUGAAUAUCCAUGUUCAGCCACGCACCAUCUAUCUCUGUAGACAUGGUGAGAGUGAGUGCAACCUGGUUAGCAAGAUUGGUGGGGAUUCAGGCCUGUCAGCGCGGGGGAAGCAGGUAUGGUCUACGCAUAAGUUUUGUUGCUCUCUGUAUUGGCAUUUUAAGAGCUAAGUUGAGGGUCAGAUUUUCUGCCAAAAUUCACCUUCAUUUGUGCUAAGCAUAGUCACAAGUCACAGCAAGCCAUACUUAAUGGUUCAACGUGAAUGCUCCUUCCUUGCACCAGGAGGAAUCAAACAAGGAUCCCUUCAUACAAUUCAUUCAAACCAAGGGUUGUAGUUUGGGAGUGAGACAAAUAUCAAUCCUUCAUUUUGGGCAUAACUCUUAGCCCAGGGAUUUUGAUUUGUUUCCUCCUACUGUUAGUGGGGACAAGGUGCAGUUUGCUCGUGCAUGUUAAGCCAUGGUUUACGGUGCACCAUGAUGUGCCAAUGCAGCCAAUAAUUGCAAAGAAAAGAAUCAUAAUCCUAAAUUUAUCACCCUGCUAGGGUUCCGGCUGGUAAAAUUGUUCCGUUUAUUAAAUGGCUUUCUGAGAAAACACCUACAGAUGUUUCAUUCAUUUAUUUGAAACCUCAAAGCAGUUUUCUUCAUUAUUUAAAAACAUGCAGAUGAUGGUUAAAAUCAACAGUAGCUAAAAAGAGAUAAAACACGUAUAACUUCUACAUAUCUGAAAGUUACACAACUACAGUCGUACCUUGGAAGUUGAAUGGAAUUCAUUCCGGAAGUCCAUUCGACUUACAAAUCACGGCUUCUGAUUGGCUGCAGGAAGCUCCUGCAGCCAAUCAGAAGCCUUGGAAGCCCUGUCGGCCGUUCAGGUUCCAAGAGAACGUUUGCAAACCAGAACAAUCAUUUCUGGAUUUGCGGCGCUUGGGAGCCAAAACGUCCAAGUUCCAGGGCAUUCGGGAUCCAAGUUACGACUGUAUUGCUUGUGUAUCGAUUUAAUCAUUUUUUUUGUAAGUCGAAAGCCUCGUUCUUCAAUUAAUUUUAUAGAGUUGUGUGUGAUCGUUCAUAUUGGAUAGGUUCCUAAACUUAAGUCAAAAGUAUACUUUUACUUGUCUUCACAGAUACAUUCUUUCUAGAACAGGAGUGAGGAAAUCUUUUCGUAUGAAAAGUCAAUAGCCCAUAGGAAAAGUCAGUUGGUUGUCACAUCCAGUGGUAGACAAAAACCACAACCAAAGCUGGUGGAGUUUGCUGCACUGCAAAUCUCUCUUUGUUUUUGUGGAAUCCCAUUCUUGUGGGCUGCAUGAAAUUAAGGUUGGCUCUACUCCUAUAUAAAAAAAUAUGGCAAAUUCUGUACCAAACUGUGUUUUUACAUACUUUUGGGAAAGUGUGCUUUUCCAAGGACUCCCAUCAUCUGUCUUGAUUCUGCAUGCCCUUGUAGCUACCUGCCCUAGCACUGUGAGCAGCAUCAGACUUCGAUUGGUAUUCUCAUAUUCUUAAUAAAAGAAGAGGAAUCUUUCCCCAGGACAACAAGCUAAAAACUGCUUAGGCAUCUCAAUUGUAUUGUAUUGUAUCCUAGUUUGCACAAGCAUUGAAAAAGUUCAUCAAGGAGCAGGAGAUUGUGGAUCUGAAGGUUUGGACUAGCCAAUUGAAAAGAACUAUCCAGACAGCAGAGGCCCUGGGAGUCCCAUAUGAGCAGUGGAAGAUAUUGAACGAGAUUGAUGCUGUGAGUAAAAUUACAGAAAGGCCACACACUGGUGGCGAAGAUGGUGGUGGGUGUUGCAAGUGAUUUGUUUUGAUGUAAGGAUAAUAAUCUAAAUAAAACUUUACUUACUUACUUCAAGAAAUUACAAGUAAGCCAAAUUUUUCAAAAAGUAUAAUUAGUCUAAAUUUCAAAAGUUUGAAGCUCAGUCUUGUGAAAGGUUGACACACAAAUUCAUGAAAUGUUCUGCAUUUUUGGAUGUUACUCAUUUUGGUGCAUGAUGUCCUGAGCUCUGAUAGGAGGAAGGGUGCAGUUAAAACGUAACAGACAAACAUUUAAAUCAAAGGAAGUUCUGGCAUACUCAGUAGUGUUUACUCCUAAAUUAGUGGGCAUGAGAUUACAAUCUCAAUGUCAUCAAAAUUAUGGAACCUCCAUGUUUUGAGAUAAAACCUUCUAUAAUCCACUGAAAUUAUUUUCACUCUUUUGUAAGUGAAUGCAAACUGGUGUCACAUAUGUUAAAAAGGGGAAUUUCUGAAUGCAGAUAGCUUUUCUUUUUAUCUUCUGGAAUUAAUUCCUAUUUUGCUAGGGAGUAUGUGAAGAAAUGACCUAUGAAGGAAUUCAGAGGAAGUAUCCAGAAGAAUUUGCACUUCGGGAUCAAGAUAAAUACCUUUAUCGCUACCCUGGAGGAGAGGUAUGGAGCUUUGAUCAUCAAUUAAUAAAAUAUUACUGCUUUUGACUUUAUAGUUUUGAAGGGAUAGGCGGUGAUCAAUGAUAAAACUGCUAAUACAACUGCAAAAUACAGUAAAACAGGAAACUACAGCAGGGACUCUUACUGAGCUGAUUCAGAAGCUAAGACAAACCAUUGUAUCUCAUAAUGGGAACAAAUCAAAGUGAGCUCCUCUUCACCUCUCUUUCAGAACAGUAGUAAAGAAGAGAUCAGAAGCUUGCUUUUGUUUUUGAUUAACUGCUUAUUGUUGUUUAGUCCACUCUAGCAAAAUGUGGGUAAUCUUUACUGUACAUUCUUUGAACCAAGCCAAAUGCAAACCGUGGUUACAGUAGGGAUACUACUACUACUACUACUACUACUAAUAAUAAUAAUAAUAAUAAUUUCUAUCCCGCCCAUCUGGCUGGGUUUCCCCAGCCACUCUGGGCAGUUUACAGCAUAUAAAACACAACAAAACGCCAAACAUUAAAAAAACAAGAUAUCCUAUACAUGCAACAAACAAACCAAUAAAUCAAAACCAAUAAUAAUAAUAACAAUACAGUAAUAAUAAACAGUUUACAAUUAUACCCUAAUUAAAGUAACAACCAACCCCAACCCAACAAAAAUGAAACAGAGGAACAAAAAUUAGAACCAUUUAAAACAUUUUAGCCAGUUGCCCCAAUCCUCCUUGAAGCUGUGCUGAUGAAGAGAGAGAGGGGAGCCUGGGAGCCUGAUGGUCACUGCAGCUUGUUUCCAUAAUAGUUUAUCAUAUUGUCUGGCCCAUUAUUAGAUCUCAAUUUUGUAAUGUGAAUAUCUGAAUUCAUUGUGACUUCCCUAGGUAGCCUCCUUCCACAUCAUCAAAAUUGUGACUUUUUUGGGUGAAAUUUAAGUGUUGUUUUUUUAAAAAAAAUUAAGGCAUACUCUUAAGCUCUACUUAAGUAUGGUCAGAUAGAUUUCAGGCAUUAUGAUUAUUCUCAUAACUUGGAAGAAAACCUGCUGAUCUUUAAAAUAGUAAUUACUUCUAACUUUGGGUGAUUCUGUCAUAACUUAGAAUUAUCACAAGGGUUCACUUAAGGCAUUUGUUGUUUCUAAAGGAAGAGUCAGAAAAUAAGCCUUAAUAGAUGGUGGUGAUUGAUUAAUUAAUUAACUAACUAACUAACUAACUAAUUGUAACAAACUCAGCUGGGGGCAGAUUCAACCACCCAGUUCCGGUAGCAAAAGCCGGAACAAGGACUUCAGCUAGUGUAACAGGGCUUCCUCCCUCUCUCUGUCCCCCCCCCCCAUGGUGACCCUGCACUUCCCCCAGAUCUGCACUGGGGGGUAAGAAGAACCCCAAGAACAGUAUAUAGGGGAGCAGAGGUGAGAUUGUUCCAUUAGUUCCAUUAGUGCAAGCAUUUCUCCUUAGUACCACAUUGAAUUCCACUGCUGGUUUUUUUUAAUAUAUAUAUUUCUGAUCGCUUUGAAACUUGUGAGGUUGUAAAAUCAGGUGAGUGCCUUUUGUUUCUGGUAAAUAUUUGUUUUUGUUUCCUAGUCUUACCAAGAUUUGGUCCAGCGCUUGGAACCUGUGAUUAUGGAGCUAGAGCGCCAGGGCAAUGUUCUAGUUAUUUCUCAUCAAGCAGUUAUGAGAUGCUUACUGGCCUAUUUCCUUGAUAAGAGUGCGGGUAAGGAGCAGAGCUGUUUUUUGUACAUCUUUACUAUUACAAAGCACGUUGUUAUCUGGAACAACACGGGGCCAAACUGCACAUGACCUAAAUGCAUUAUCAGGAACCACAUCACUAUUAAAAACUUUCUGAUGCAAAUCACCCAAACGCAAUAUUUUCUUCAGGGCUUCAGUGCAUGGGAACCAGAUUUAUCAUGACUUCCGAAGCUCAUACUCCUCACUGCAGUUCCAACAUUAACAACUCCUCUAUGCCUAUUAUCCUAUUUCAUUGUUCUUAAUUUUCAUUCUCAUUAUGACUGUAUGCUUUUAUUUUAAAAAAUGCUUUGGCUACAGUUCCAUACACACACUUCACCUAGGAGUUAUCCAAAUGGGACUUAUUACUGAGUAGACAAGUGUAGGAUCUUACUUCUUGUAAACCACUUUGUGAGUGAUUUAUACUGGAUAUAAUUGCACAGACUGAUAGAAAUUAUCUCUUGCUAAUUGGCUUUUGCACAUCUAGCAUUUACUACAUUCUCCGAGCAUUACUGUCAAGAGGCUGUAGGUACAUUCACACAUUUACCACAAAGUUCCUUCUGAGUUGAGGCAACAAGGAGAGUUGCAUAAAGUACAUUUUGGACCAUGCUUGGUAGUUUUUAAUUCUUAUUUUCGUUGAGAUUCCUGCAUUGAAAGGGGUUUGACUAGAUGCUCCUCAGGGUCCCUUCCAACUCUGUGAUUCCACUUGUAUUCUUAUAGAUGAACUGCCCUACCUGAGGUGCCCUCUGCAUACCAUCCUUAAACUCACACCAGUUGCUUAUGGUAAGUAUUUGUUGGUUUAUUAACGUGGGCAGGGAGAGAGGAAGCAAUGAUUCUAGUGCUUACUAGUGCUUAGAAUGUUAACUUGAGACAAGGGUUCAGAUUGCAACUGUUUCACAGAGCUAGCAGAAAGUCAUUUCACCACCCUGAAUCAUCUCCCCCCCCCCCACUUCCUGUAAAUUGAGGGACUGAUAGGGUUGUGUUCAGCUGGUGCCCUUUUAUCUGCAGAAGUGCCUUUGCCAUAGCAGACACACAUACAGUCGUACCUGGGAUCCCGAACGCCUUGUGAGUCGAACGUUUUGGCAAACCCAGAAGUGAGUGUUCCAGUUUGUGAACAUUCUUUGGAACCUGAACGUCCGAUGCGGCUUCCGCAGCUUCCGAUUGAGUGCAGGAAGCUCCUGUGGCCAAUCGGAAGCCAUGCCUUGGUUGUUGAACAUUUUCGGAAAUCGAACGGACUUCCGGAACAGAUUCCGUUCGACAACCAAGGUAUGACUGUACUAACAGAAUAGGAAGUUCCCUCCUACAGCUCCCAGCAGCCCCCAAAAUCAGCUCCAGAGUGUUGGAGGACCAUCUGGAGCAGGUGGAAGGUAGCAUGGAAGGAUCUGCAGAGAGAAAGAAGCAAGAAUGGUCAAAAAACGCCCCUUCUUCUAGCAAAAGAACAGGAAGCACCAAUUGGAUUGCACCUAUAACCUGUCCUGUGUUGUUGAAUUCUUUGCCCAAAUAAGAAACAAUCCAGACCGAAUGUUGAGGAAACUUGGGUGCAUACAGUGGAGGCCCCGUCUCUUCCUCAGAAGCAUCUUUGCAUUUCAGUUUUGGAGUUAAAAUUAACACUUCAAGAUUUUUUUCCUCUGUGUUUAUUGUAACUCCCCCCCCCCCCUUGUCUAAUAAUGUAGUAAUGCAUGAUUUUAAGUGUAUUCCCUUUUCACAUUUAUGAAGGCUGUAAAUUGGAAAUGAUUUCCCUGAAUGUGGAAGCUGUGGACACACACCGGGACAAGCCACCCACAACAGUAUGUAAAAUAUAUGCCAGACCUUUCCUGUGUAUUCUGUUUUGUUUGUUGCUGAACUGAAAGUUUGACCCACGACUGUUAACUUGAUGUACCUAGAUUUGAGCUGUCAAAUCUCAUUAACUUUUUACAACUUAGGCCCAAGUACUUUGGUUUCAUUGGGCUAUGGGUACAAAACACUUGGAAAUCAAUGGGAAGCUCCUAGUCCACUUCAGAUGGAGCCUAUUGUGCUUUACUCAUGAGGAGGGUAAUCUUUUUCUGGCACACUCAGCUCCCCCCACCCUCGGUUCUGAGAAAAUACUAUCCCCUUCUUGUAGUUUUUUUUCAAAAUAAGUCAUGGAAUAUAUUAUCAGAUUAGAACUGAGGGAUCAAAUUUACAGUGGGAGAAUUCUCAUAUAUGUGUGCAUGUGUGCCUAUUCUCAUUUUUUGAAUGCUUUGAAAAUACUGUUUAGGGAUGAAUAAGGUAUUUCUUUAGGCUAUUACUUUAAAAAUGCACAAAGGGCUAUCAUGAUAGUAUUUCGUUAAAAACCUCAGACAUAAAUGUCUAAUCUUCAGUUUGAAUGCUUUAGAGCUUUAAAGUAUACUGUUAAUGGUUUAGGAAGUAAAAAAAAAGCACUGCUGCAUUCCAGAUAUGGUCCAUUUUGUUGAGUUGUAAAAUAUAAAGAUGCAUCCUUAGACUUAGUAGCUCAGGCUGCAACCCUGUACUCACUUACCUGGGAGUAAGUUCCACUGAACUCGCUGGUGUUUCCUUCUGAGUAGGCACAUCUGGGCUUUGUAUUGUUGCUCUUGGCAUGCAAGAUACGUGAACUGCAUAUCUAGAUAUGCGAACUGUAAGAUGAAUCCAGGCAAGCAUUUACCAGGUCACAAUGUACUCCCUGUGGACAUAAUCACUUGAAAACCUUUACCUCCCCUGUCUGUCUAACCUGAUUGGAAAUCUGAGGAAGCAGAAAAAGAAGUAAAAUCUCACCUCACCCAUGCACCAGUCAUCAUGUAACAGGUGAUCUAUUGCCUCUUUAAGAGGUUGCCAAAGUACAGGAUGAGUCCAAAUUCUUGUACACACAUUGUAUGUUCUUGUACUGUAUUAAAAGGCUGAAAUGUGACCUUUGCAUAUCAGUUUGUCAUAAGUGGAGGGAAAUCUUGUAGUGGUUAAGAGCGGUAGACUCGUAAUCUGGUGAACCAGGUUCGCAUCUCCGCUCCUCCACAUGCAGCUGCUGGGUGACCUUGGGCUAGUCACACUUCUUUCUCUCAGCCCCACUCACCUCACAGAGUGUUUGUUGUGGGGGAGGAGGGAAAGGAGAAUGUUAGCCACUUUGAGACUCCUUCAGGUAGUGAUAAAGUGGGAAAUCAAAUCCAAACUCCUCUUCUUCUUGAAGUGCCAAAAUAGCAGCCAAUAUAUUUGAUAUAGUUAUUUGGGGAAAUAAGGUUACAUUAUUACAGCUUGAAACCCAACCUUGCCUUUUUUUUGGUUGCUUAAUUUACUGUAAGAAUAAGAUUGCUGCGAGCUUAGUGCCGUUGUACCAACAGAUCUAAUUCAGGUUGCUAAAAAUGGUUUACUCACAAUUCAAGAUUUAUUUAUUUUUAAGCAUUCAGUUAGGCCUUUUGCCUUCAGCUCUGUAAUAGCUAGUAUGCAAUAGAUACUGCUUAGCAAUCUUAUAGCAAUGGUUCAUUCAGUUCAAAAGCAUUAAGUGCUUUGAAUAUGCAAAAUCUGCAUGCAACUGGUACUACAUUACAGCAUGACAUAUAUAUCCUAUGAAUUUGCUGGUUUGCAGUUUUUAUUUUACAAGGAAAAUAAGUCCCAGGGCAUCGUUAAGACCAAAAAAUACUAGGUGGCUUCAAUAUACUGUGAACCACUGCACUUUUGGGAUGUUUUAACUUAGCUUCCCUCAGUCUAUACUAUGAAUAAAAUAAAUGACCGGAAUGUUCUUUUGAAUUACAAAGGUAUUUUUUCUUGUGUUUCUCUGAAACAAGAUGCCCUCUGCUCUGCAGGAAGGCCUUCUACCCCCUACCCUCCAUCCUCACCUCUCUUACUCCAUCUAGAUUUCAAAUGAUUAGAUUUGCUGUUUUUUCUGGGACUCACAGAAAGCAAAACAAUUAUGAAAACGCUGAAGGGCAGAAAAAUACAUUUCAGUGUGUAGCCACAGUAGGGUGAAAGUAAGCAUGAACCAAGAUUUUUUAGGACUUUGUUUAAAUCAUCUUCGUUUUGAUUUCAGGCUUCUUUUUUCUUCUUCUUCUUUUUUUUUGUCCCAUUCUAAGCCAGGGUCAAAAGCCAGGAAAGUGGUGUGCAGUACUGUGUCGCUAGUAGAACAGAAGGCAGUAUUUAUGUGGUUCCUGGGUGGUUACCCAUCCAAGCACUGAACAGACCCAGACUUCCUUUGGUGGCUUCAUGGGCCUUCAGGCAGUUCCCUGGCCAGUAUGUUCAAUAUGAACAUUCGGAACAAGUAUUACUGUAUUCACAGGAGUUCUCCCUUGAUUUCAGGACUAAUCAAGGAAACUUCAUGAAAGAUAGAAAAUAAAUGAAUGAAACUGAACAGCCUGGCAUUGUCACUAUGUUGACAGAUUCACCCAAAGGGAACAGGUGUUAUAGUUCAAGUGCAAGGGACAGUGCUGAACUUUUGCUUCUUGCCAGUUCUUCCGUGACAUUGCUGUGCUAUAAAAGAGACCACGGGCUUAAAGCAAAGGAAGGGUUCGUGAAGACUUAUUUCUGUGACUUCCUGAGAGCUCUUAGACUAGCCCAAGAAGGCUUGUGUUGGCCCAGCCCUGCAACCAGGAAUUGCAGGGAGCUGUGAAUGAGCUCUAUUUCAAUUGAGCAUCACAGAGUGCUGCUUUAGCUGCAGCAACAAAAUAUUCACUCGAAAUGCUGUAGCCAAAAGUAGACCCUGAAAAUCAGGCUGCCCUAGUGUCACACUUCCAAAGAGCUUACGUAAGAAAAAUAGCUGAAGUCAUCUGAUUGGUGAGCAAGAAUUAUAUCCUGCAUGCGGAGACCUUGAGCACGCAGCAUUUAAUAUUUAACCUGGCUGAGCGGUACUGAAGGAUUCCCUACCUGGUAAAACUCUACUCAUUCAUUUGUAUUUCCCUUUUCUUCUCUAAGAAAAUACAGCUGGGUAGAAAUGAACCUGAUUUAGGUUUAUUUUGCUAAUGUUUUACUUACAAUAUUUAUACUGUUUUCAUAGGCAAUAACAAGGCAGGGUACAAAAAACUAGAUGUAUAUAAAAUAAAACAACAGUUCACAAUAACAUGGCAGCCUUCUCCCUGCACUUAUGAGAAGCACUUGGAGGAAGAGAGAAAUGUGCCCGUACUCCUUCACCGCAGGAGAGCACACCAUAUGAAGCAGAGAUAUGAAUAUCAGUGGCAUAUAUAUAUAUAUAUAUGCGCCUGGCAUCAACAAUAUUCAGUGGUGUUUUAACUGUGGUUUAAAAUUCUGUGAUUCGAUUUCUCACCCCUUAUAAUAUCCUCCAUUUUCAAUCAGAACAACCUUCCCAAGAGCCAAACCCCUGUAAGGAUGAGAAGGAACAGCUUUACACCACUAGCCAGUCCGGACACAUUAAAACGUCCUCGCAAUUACAGUGUUGGGAGCCAGCCUCUCAAUCCGGCAGGGUCUCUUCUGUUCCGGGAGGCUCAAGACGGGGCUGAUCAACAAAAGCUGCAAGACAGUGUUCAGGUGGUAAUAUCUCUAUCCUAAUCUUCUAUUCCAAUUUCAAGCACAGCAAAAAUUGUGCAGUAUUAUUUCACCUGUCACUCCUUACUUCAGAAAUUGUCCUUUUCAAGCCAAUUGAAAACUGGUGACGCUUUACGUGAGAUUAUUGGACAGAACCUACCAUCAAAAGUCAGGAUUCAAAGAACCUACUGUGCAUGAUUAAGAUGCUUCUGUUCGUGCAUUGCGGGGGGGGGUGUUAAAUAAUUUCCCUCCCAGCUGCAGCCCUUUUGCACCACAUUUGUUAACCUUCAGGGUGUGACUUUCACAAAAGUGGAGUAGCUCAGGAGGCCUUGAUGCAAAGAACUCUGUGUGGCCUUUUAGAUUUUGGCCAAAGGGUUCAUGUCAGGCCACUCCAAAUAGCUAUGUACUUUGAAGUAUUCUGGUUUGAAAAUUAUAGGUGGACACUUAAAAGUAAUAAUGAUUUCUGUUGCUGCAAAACUUUCCUUUUUAUGAGGAAAAUAUGUUUCUAGUGCUAAGCAAAAGCCCCUUGAAUAAGGCUGUUAUCUAAAGUGAGCAUUUUAAGACAGAUUUGUCAGAUCCAUAGUACUUUGUAGCUGAGUUCAUGGGCUCUACACAGUAUACCCAACAUAUACAUAAUUUCUUACAGUGGACAGUCAUAUUUGCUAUACAGUGGUACCUUGGUUGUCAAACGGCUUUACUCUCAAACAAAUCGGCUCCCAAACACCACAAAGCUGGAAGUAAGUGUUCCAAUUUGUGAACGUUUUUUGAAGCCAAACAUCUGACACGGCUUCUGAUUGAGUGCAGGAAGCUCCUGCAGCCAAUCGGAAGCCGCACCUUGGUUUUUGAACAGUUCUGGCAGUCGAACGGACUCCCAGAAUGAAUUAAGUUCGACAACCAAGGUACCACUGUACUAUAUAUGCAGUAAUUUGCUGCAGUUUUCUUUGACCCAUGUAUAUCCCUCAGAUUGGAUAGAGUUUUCAGCAGCAUUUCCAAUAUCACUGCAAUUUUGCUUGCUGAUUUGCAUUUUGCUUUUUUGCUUUUUCAUCAGCUGCUUAUUUCUCAGGCUACAACAUAGUGCUCUGUUGCUUAAUAAAACAAAGACCCAGUUUUCAGGGCGUAUGUCAGACAGUAGUCUCUACCAGAGCAAGUUCCUGGAGUGAGGCUGUAGAUGAAACAGGAUUUCAGACUAUUUUCAAUCUCUUUAUUUGAUAUGGUAGUCCAGGAUCUUUUAAAAAAAAUAAAAAUACCCAGGUUUGUCACUGUAAUAUAUGAGAAGCAGAUUGAUGGAAGAACAGGAAAAACUGGUGCUGAAAUCUUGUUCUUUGCAGAGCCUUUCGUCAAAGACUUCAGUAUAAAAAACAGUAAUUGAUAGUAGGCCUCACCUCCAACUAAUAAGUAGUUCAUGCUAAAACUGAAAUGUGUUUCUUGGGCAUGGUGAUAAAAAAAAUAAUGCAGAUGACAAUUUGUUCUUGUAGCUUCUGCUCACUUGCUUUGCUUGCGGAGGGAAAGAGCUAUAUGUAAUUAUGCUAGGCCGGUAGCCAUUUAACAGUCACUGGCUUGCAUUUUGCAAUAAUUUUGGAUGCAAGUUAACAUUGGUCUUCUUGCUUGUGAAGACUGCUUUCUAUGUGCUGUUCUGCUUUCUUGCUUUUUAUAUCUUCAUUGAACUGCAGCUUGAGCUUUCCUAUACUGUUUUUUUCUUUCUUUGCAGCUUCAAGUGGGAAGUGCUUGCCUGUGAGUAUCGUUGUGAACAGCUUGCAUGUGUAAUUGUACGUUUUUGAGAAAUAAACAUUUACCAAGAGAUGAUUAGAAGUCUGUUUCAAAGGAAUGUACAUGGGGAGAAAGUACCAAAUAAGUCUCCUACAAAUUAGAGCCCCUUUAAGUUGGGUGGAAUAUUUUACAGCUCAUAGAUCAAUAUCCAUUUAUAGAAAAGUGACUUUUCUUUCAAAAUGAGCAAGAUGGAUGAAGCACAACAAAGAAUCAAGUAUAAAACCUAUCUUUAAGUAAACUUGCUGAAGCUGUACAAGCCUUAUCUUAUUAGGACCACUACAAUUUAUCUUUUUCAUACUCCGAAGAUGUGCUAAGUUUUAAGCCAAAAAUGAAAAGCAUGACUGCAGGUGUUUGCAAAUGAGUUUAAAACAUGAAUGUAAAAGUUUGCCAUGUACUGAGUCAGACCACAGGUUUAGCUAGCUUAGUAUUGUCUACUAUGGUGUGCACUGAUCUCAGGCUGUGUUCCAUCCAAGUCCUGUUACUUAUGAUCCUAUUUCAACUAGAGAUGCCAGACACUGAACACAGAAUAAAAUAUUAUGAAUACAAAGCAUGAGCUCUGCCAUUGAACUGUGGUUCCUACAAGACUCCAUGCCAUUGCACUCGUGGGGAAGCCACGAUGGUUUGCAGUUACCUAUUGAGUCUACAGUUAUUUGUAAGUUUCUCCAAUGGGAUGAAUUCUGGGCUAAAUUCACAGCAGUGUAUUCUAGGCAUGCCUUGCAUUGCCAUAGAGACAGGAUAAAAGCAAAUGAAUGACAAAGCAUUUUGACAAAGGCAUCUUCUAAUCCCUUGAUACGCAAUCUCCUCUCGAGGCUCAGUUUACAGGAAUUUUGUAAAUCAUAUAUUUGCUUCCCAAUAGCCCUGUAAAAUGACACUUCUGCAUCUCACAAAAAGUCGGAGAUUACUGUUGAGAGGGUAAGGCUGAGAGCUGCUGGUCACAUUCCAGUACCAGGAAUAGUGGGAAGAAGUUCAGAAUAGUGGAAGCAAGCUACCACGUUGCAGAAAUUGCCAAGUGUGACUUGGUACCUGUAGGUUCUUAGAACCUGUGCACUAUUUUGAAGAGAGAGUAUCUGUUAAGUAAUAUGACACACACAUUCUCUGGCCAUAUGAACUAAUAUAAUCCUACCAGGAGUGAGUACAGGAAUGAAUGCAGGAACAUCAGACCAUUGGUCCAUCAAGCUGAUAGACCAGUUUUCCACACUGACUGGCAGCAGCUGUCCAGGUUUCAGAUGGGAGACUCUCCAAGCCCUACCUGAAGAUGCAAGGGAUUGGACCAGGGACCUUCAUCCAGCUGCUCCACCACCAGGUUACAGCCCUUCACGCAGGAGUAAAUAUAAUGAGGAGGUGUAGGUUAUGACCAUGAAUUAAUGAGAGAAUGAGAGAUAACAGAAGAGUAAAUAAAUAUAAGUGGAAGAAAUAAGAAAGGAAAUUAAGAACACAGGAGAAGUUCAGAGAUAGGUAGGAAGUCACAGAGGCUCCUAUACCCCUGUAUCUGACUUAUACCCAUGUAUAAGCUCUGUCACACUCAAUGAGACUUAUUUGUGAGCAGACAUGCAUAGGACUGUGUUGUAAAUGUGAGCCAUAAGCCAUAUGAGGAGACAGACUUUCUCUCAUAGAAUGUUGCAUGAAAGAAUUCAUCUGUUAACAGUUUGUGAACAUUCUGUGACAUCACAUUGCUGCAGCCAAUUGCUAUUGGACAUGCUUAACAAAUCAUCUAGCAAUUGUGAAUUGGUUAUUGCAUAUUUGCUCACACACACACACACACUCACACACUUUGUAAAGAAUCCUCUGUCUUUUCUUGGUAAGGAAGGUAGUCUGAUCAGAUCUGAUUCUGCUCUUGCAGUGCUUGUGUGCUGCAGUCCUCCUGAAAUGUCAUGCCUUAACAGUGCCAGCUAGAUGUGUCUAGCACACCUAGACAUUGUCUGUUGUCCCUGAGAAGCAGAAUACAAAGAGCCGGAAAAUACUAUGCUGUCUCUUUCUCACAUUAUAAUGUGAGAGGAUAUGUCAAUGGCAUGUUAUUUCCCUCUCUACAGGGAGAAAUCAGACGCAAUCAUCUGUGAGCCCCUGGUCUCUCUACCACCAAGUGAGAUUGUCCCAUGAAGGAGGCAUUUGCUGCAAACCUGCACAGAAUGGCCAGUCUCUUAAAUUUCCUUCCCCUUCUAUUGCUCUGCAACUAUGCUGGUCUGCAUUCCCCUUUGCAGCAUUACUAAAUGUAACUGUGGCAAGUCUCUCUUUGAUAUCUUAGCUUUUUCCAUUUUGUGUGUGGACCUCACCUGUAUUAAUAUUUGUAAAUCUGUGGUUAUUUUUGUAACAUUCCCCAAUAGCUGUGAUCGUCCUGUACAAUUGUGUGUGUGUGGAAGAGAGAGAGGGAGGUUGUGUAUUUCUGUUUGUGGUAUUUUUGCUUUGUGGAGUUAGAUUUCUGCCCUGCAUGUAAUGGUGAUUGUGACAGCUGCCUUGCAACACAUGUGGGAGUCGCUUUUCCUUGCCAUUUAUAGAAUGCAUUUUUUCCUAGAAACCACAAUCCAUUUGUGGUCCCUAGCUGCUUUAUGGGAAUGAUUUAAUAAUAGAGAUUAUUUUUUUGUUAAAUAUUUGCUGCAUAUUAGGAAAUAGAUGCAGGGAUAUGUGAUUCAGGGUCUGGAAUGCACUUUCGAUACUUGGCACUGUUCCCGUACUUUGCCUUAAUGGGAACACUCCCAAAGAAAGAUUAUUUGCCUGCACAAUGUGCUUUAUUGUUUGCUGAAAAUGUUUCAGUUUUGUCCCUGGCUGUCCUGGAAACCUUUUCAUAGGUUCCCAUACCCAUGCUUGCAUUUUCCCAUAAUUGCAAUCUUGUUGGUGUAUGUUUUGUAAAAUGAUAAUAGUAAUAAUAAUCUUGGUAAAUGCUACAUUUGUGAACUUUCAAUAAUCCACCCCCUGAUAAACUUGAUUCACUUUGCUGGAGGGAAAGAGAAGGCAACAGGGUGGGUCUCCUUGGUUCAAGGAUUGUGAAAUGCAGCCAGGUUUUGAUGAAAGACUGAAUAUUUUAAAUUGGAAAUUUGUUCCAUUAUUUUUAAACGGCUUGAUUAGUAAAGGAAUAAGAGGGUGGGGCAGUGAUGAGGAAAAAUGAGAGCAUGAGACUUCUGCCCAGACCAGCCACAUAAAGUAAGGAUGGGCAAGCUGUAGUCCAUCAGAUGUUACUGGAUUUCAGCUCCUAUAACCCCUGGUCCUGCUGGCUCUGAGACUGAUGGGAGUUGGAGUGGGGGAGAAACCCACAGGUUUUGUUUGCCUCCAGACUGUCAGUAUUUUGCAGGAGGGCUUCAAGCUCAUACUAAAGUUAGGUUUGCACAAUUAAAGUGGAUUAAAGUUGCCCUGGUGCAACAAAUCUACUUAAAAACAACAACCAACUCCACAGACUUUCUGUGGUUAGAAUAAUGACAGUGGAUGUAUCCUGGUUUCUGCUUCCUGAUACACAUUCAAGAUGCGUAGACGUGCUUUCAUCCACUGUACCUGCUUUUUACAGUUUUAAGCACUUGGAAAAAGACAGAACCACUAAGAGAGUGAUGAAACUCUCCUAGAACAAAAGAAUUAGUGGAUUGCAUACUUGAAUGAUAGUCACUUUCAGAGUAAACCCUCAGAAUAAAUUAUAUUCUCCAAAUACACAAGCCUAUAAUUACAUAGUAGACCUCUAAAACAUACAAUUCCUGUUAUGGUAGAUCUACACAAAGCCCUUUAGAGCCUUGGGACAGCCCUAAGAGGCAAAGGUACGAUUGCCAUAUUUCAAAAAGUGGCACAAAAUUGUUGAAAUCUCAUAACAAAAAAAGUUAAAAUUUUCUUUAAAAACUAAACUUCCAAUAUGCAUACAGAUUUUCCAAGCCAUUUCUGCAAUUUCUGUCCAAACACAGUUUCAAACAGCCAAAUCAUGGCUGUGUCAGGGAAAUUCCGGACAUAUGGCAACCGCAGGCAUAGGUGAGGAGUUUGAUAUCUUACAUUUUGAUGUAUACUGUUAACUUUUAAACCACCACCCUUUAAGGAAUUCCCCAGUAAAGGUACUAGACUGUAUCUUGAUGGUUUUUGCAGGGAAAUCUCCACGAACUGCCACCUUACAGUUUAUCCAGUCACGGAUAUGUACAUGCUUAGUAUGGAACCCGUUACCAUACUUCUUAUUAGUUGUUUUUAUUAAAUUUGUUAGUUGCUUUAUCUUGCCCAAGGCAACCCAAAGUAACUUAUAAACAAACAGACAAUAAACACCACAUAGAUACAUUAAUACAAAGAGUGAUGGGAAUACAUUAAAAACAUUUGUAAAAGGCCACAGAUGGUAAAAGGCCAAUAGCCUAGUUAUAGAGAGACAUUUUUGCUUCUCACCAAAAGUUAAAUAAUGAUGGCACCAGGCAAGCCUCCCUGGGGAGAGCAUUCCACAAAUGGGGAGCCACUGCAGAAAAGGCUCGUUCUCAUGUUGCCACCCUCUGGGUCACUUGUGGAGGGGGUACAUGAAGGAAGAGCUCAGGUAAUGAGUGCAGGGUUCAGGUCAGUUCAUAUGGGGAAAUGUGGUCCUUGAAGUAUUGCUGUCCUGAGUCAUUUAAGGCUUUAUAAGUCCAAACUGGGACGCGGGUGGCGCUGUGGGUUAAACCACAGAGCCUAGGACUUGCCGAUCAGAAGGUUGGUGGUUCGAAUCCCCUCGACCGGGUGAGCGCCCGUUGCUCGGUCCCUGCUCCUGCCAACCUAGCAGUUCGAAAGCACGUCAAAGUGCAAGUAGAUAAAUAGGUCCCGCUCCGGCAGGAAGGUAAACGGCAUUUCUUUGCACUGCUCUGGUUCACCAGAAGCACCUUAGUCAUGCUGGCCACAUGACCCGGAAGCUGUACGCCAGCUCCCUCGCCCAGUAAAGCGAGAUGAGCGCCGCAACCCCAGAGUCGGCCACGACUGGACCUAAUGGUGAGGAGUCCCUUUACCUUUAAGUCCAAACUAGCACUUUGAAUUGGGUAGCUGGAUGUAAUGCUGCCAUCACAGCAUGCUUAAUUCCAAAUUAAUUAAGCCCUGUAUAACAUAUCUAGGUUUUGCUUUCAGAGGCAAAAAUGCAUUAGCCUGCUCAUCUUAGGCUAAUGAACACAUAAAGGAAGUAAAAGAGUGUGGGGAGCACAUACUCUUUGGGAAUCUGAGCCAAGACACCCACACUUGCACAAUUUUUUACCCCUAGUACUAUACAUUCAAUUGCUGUUGUCUGUAGCUGAGUGGCCUUAAAUUAUUCUUUUUACUGGUAGCUCAUCAUACAAAGCCAGUUUUCAUGUAGACGUUACAAAUGGAAAGGUAACUAGUUGCUAGUACUGAAACACCAUGUUCAGAAUGGACUGGUAGGGGGUUUGUGAAUGGCAUUCUAUCGUCAUGUAAGACAAAGCUGUAGCAAAACCAAUAUAAGCGUGCAUUGUGAUUUUUCUGGUUUUUCCUGAGCAGUUAUCUCAACACUAAUGCAAGCUUAGCAGGCAUAGAAGUAGUUUGUGCACAGACACACAAAAGAUACCCAGACUACUGUUUCACCUAACUCCCAACUUUGAGAGAUGACCUCAAAAAGUGAUCAUGUAGUUUAGCUUCUUAUCUAGGACUUUAUUCUGUAUUACCCUUACAGAGCAACCCCAACCCUGGGUCAUCCAGGCCUGGGGGCAUUCAGAGUGUCAGAGCCACUACUGCAGUCAAAGCAACAUCAGCUCCUACCAGUCAGGAAAGGGGAGAGACCAACUUUUUUUAAAAGGAGCACCACCAGCACAAGCCAGCACCUUUGGCGGGCACAGUGAGGUCUUAUGUGGUGGCGGAGCCUCCCCACCAACACCAGAGCCUGAUGGAGGGACACCUCUGGCAUCCUAAUCGCCUCUAGUUCUAUGGAUCAGGGGUUAGAAUUGCUCCCUUAAUCUAGAAGUUCAUAUGCUAGACUUCAGCAGUUUUAGUCUGCAACAUAUGACCCAAGAUUAAUUCUUUUAAAAAUCCUAUGUGAUACUUUGUUGUGGUAAGGACGCAUAAAUGUGCAGGCAACCAGAGAAACACUCACAGCCACUUUGCUCUUCCCCAGUCUUUUGAAUGCGGCUCGUGGCUAAAGCACAUGGUUAGUGGGAUGCGAGCUUAACCACUAGAAAAUCAGGGCUGUAGAAGAUAGUAGAGACAAUUUUAUGACUAGGCUGGUUAAGCUGGGUUCUCCAUCAGUCUGCACACCCAAGCCAAAACACAAUUAGUUCAUUUCAGCAAAUUCAUUUCCUAGCAUGUUUGGACAUCUCUUUUUUUCCUGUAGUCUCUUGCUCAGAGAUCUCUGAUGGUUCUUUAAACCUUUAUUGGAAGUAUGGAAUUAGGAGUAAGUUUGAUGGAUUUAUUCUUCAUUUGAUAAUUUGUGGUCAGCAUUUUCAGAGAUGAAUCACCGUCCUGUGUUUCUUAGAACAAAUGAAUGUGUUUCAAGUUAGAGGGCAAUGUGCCUUGUUUUCCUUGGCUCUCUAACGGUGAACUUGAAAUAAUAGUGAAAUCAUAAUAAAUAUUAUGUGUUUAUUUAUAUGUACACUGUAAGCAAUUUGACUUUUACCAAAGCUGCAAUAAUGCACAAGCUUAAAUAAUGAUCUCCUGUAUGUGUAAAUAUGAAUGUUUUGCAUAUGGUCAAAGGUAACUUUAUAAAGAUGGCAUCAGAGCACUGUGGAGGUUUCUCUCAGCGCAUGCACACAUACACACACACAUGUGUAAUUCAUUUUGCCCAUCUGUUUCUUUUAUAAACCUCAAAAUUUUCCAAGUGCCAGAACAAGGAUGUUAUCAUAUACAAGAUGACUUUUUGCUGCAACAACUUUGUUAUACAUUCAGUAGAAGUUUUUUUAAUUGUAUAAUUGAAGGCUAAUGCAUAUAGAACUGUUUUGCUGUGCAGUUUAUGGUUUUGACACAUGUCAAUAGGCAGGAGCAACUGGAUAAUCAAGGAUGCAUUGCUUAUGCUGGCUCAAAUGCAGAAGGGCUCCAUUAUUACUGUAUUGCCCCAUCAUUCCAGAUUAUCGACUAAGCAGGGACAUACAAAUGAGACCAUUAUUACACUCCAUGGGAAUCCAAAUACUAAUGCUGUUAAUUGUGGCUUAAAUUAAGACCAAGGCCUAGAACCACUAUUAAGUUGCAUUGCCCAGGAAACAACUCAAAUUGAGAGAUGCACCAUGGCUUUAUGUGGUGGUGCAUUUGUAACUAUAGCCAUAUUUAUGCUCAUGUUGAUGUCAUGUGAAUGAAAGCACUCAGGUAGAUAAUGAUAUUUUUCAUCCUAUAUAAUUGUAAGUUAAAAUGCUGCACAGUGUUUCAUUUCUCUACAUAAUAGUUUCAUUUAAGCAAAAAUUUAACGCCCAAUUACCAAUGACAGAUUUAUUGGAUCUUAUAUCUCAAUCAUGUCUGCUCUGUAUGCAUAUCUUCUUGGUUUAUUUCAUUUAAUUUGCAGGUGUGUAUAUGUGCAAUUAUGCUGUGUGAAUGUAUACUUCUAAAAAGCAUCAAACUGCCAGUUGUUAACUUUCUGUGCAGAAAUAAGUAGAAGUCAUAAAACCAGCAGGUUUUUUUCCAUAAAGGUUGGCAGUUUUAGACUGGAAGCCUGAAUAUCAAUAUUGUAAUGAGACAUCUUAAAUAAUUGUAUUAGCAAUUGUGAACUUUCUUGUGGACCAGGUAAAUAAAAUUUCACCCACUGCAAACCACCAUGCUGCAAUGCUUUUCUUUCUCAUUACUUUGUGCUGGCACUCUUUUCAAAAUUAGUAACAAUUUGUAAAGCUGGAGGCAAAAAUGCACUUUCUCAAUUGUGUGGAGCUCAGGCAGAUGUAAAGGGUAAGUGGUUGCUUUGCACAUCGCGGCUGGAAUCCAAACACUCACAUCCAUGUGCAGGUGGAAAGCACUUCUAUGGGGAAGGACCAGCCAGUGGUGGGGCUCCAGACUUUAGAAGAGCUUCUUGGGAGAGCAUUGUAAGGGAGAACUUGAAAUCACCAUGCUUUAUGGAAGGUUGACCUUUGGGUCCCACUCUACAUCUUAUACAUACCUGUAUAAAUGUGACAGAUAUGUUUGCAGACAUUGCACAAUCAUCAGAGAGCUAUGACUGGCCACAGCCACUUUCAGUUUUCAAACUGAAACCUAGCAUCUCUUAACCCUGGACAGGUCUUUGAGCAUUUAAAAGAGGUGUAUGAAAGGCAAAAAUAUAUAUUUUCUGAUGUGAACCAUACCCUAAAGCAGCCUUCCCCUAGCUUAGUGUCUUCCAGAUGUUUUGCGCCACAAUUCCCACUAGUCCCAGCACAGGGUUGGAGAAGGCUGCCCUAGAAAUAAAAGUUCUUUUUGGUGUCAAGGCCCGAAAUACAAAAUAAGGUUUAAGGAACUCUUGAAUCAAGCAUUGUUUGUUUUUAUUCCUGUGUUCAUUUCAUCAAUGUCCAUUUAAAAAAAUGUGCCAGUGACAGGUCGCUUAAGCUCAACUUUGUGAGUAUUUGCAAGUAUUUACAUUUAAUAAUCAUAUAUGACCAACUAUGAAUGCAUGAAAUACAUGUUAUAAAGAACGAAUUUGCAGAUGAGGUUAUUGGACACAUCCACAAAAGUUGCCUUUGAGCAAGUUUUACUCAAAAGUAAAUCCAUCUGAGUUGAGUGGGGAUCUCUCAUAAAUGUGUUGUGGACUGCGGCUUUAAUUGGUUUGAAUGCACUUCGAAAUGCAAAAUUAACAAAUGUGAUGAGCAAUGCAAAAUUAUUUUUUGAGCAUGUGUGGAAUUCAUUGCAGUCAGACUUGUUAUACUUAUUUGAAUUCCAUAUGAACCCUGAUUAAAAUUAUUAUAUGGAAAGAUAAUAACACAGUAUAUAGCUGUGACAAGGACAGACAGUGGACUUCCCUGAUUAUGAAAUAGUCAAAGAGAAGAAAACUCUGUAGAAUUCAUUUGCAAUAUUUCUGCAGAUCAGUGUGUUUCAAGCCAGAUUGAUGAUUGCAAAUGGAUUUGUGUGCCUUUUUAAAUAAUAGAUCUGUUGUUUUUUAAAACAUCAUAGUUUGGAAAAUGACAAGUUAAAGUUUUUUUAAUGUACAAUACCAAUUAGCCAUUUUUGGGAGGAAAUAAAGGCAUGUGUUACAAGUUAAAGAUGGCUGAGUUAGGCUAGAGUAGCACAACAAACAUGCCUACAGAUGCUGAGAGAAGGGGUGGUGCUAUGAACUUGGCAGCUAGAUGAGUAUAUUGAAUGAGGAUUUGAAGGUGGAGAUGCCAUGAAGACUUAAUCAUUCUAGAAGUAGAGCACAAUUUUGUACUGUUUGUGAAACAUUACUUUAAUUCCAGUGAUCUUAUGUGGUCCAACAUCAUGCAUUUAACUGAAUGAUCUUACAGUUAAUUAAAAAGUGAUCAGCAAUAUUGAGAAUGGCAAUGUGGAAUUCCUUUAGGAUCUAAAUGUUCAUAGUUUUGACUUUUGCAUUUGGUUUCUCCUUUACAGAGAACAGCUGGCAUAGCACUGUAGAAGCAUUCCGCUUGUGUGAUGGGAAAUCGUCACGGAGGCCUCAGAAAAUAAGCCACGUGGGACUGCAACCCCUUGCACUUGAUCAACAUCCUGAGUGUUAAAUGUAGCUGUUGUCUCAGGAAACUAAAGCAUGGUGGACUAGCUAGUUUUCUGGACCAAUGACAAGUUCUCUUAAUAUCUCUAAAAAUGGUAGUGCUGAAAAUUUGCUUUGUGAAAAAUAUCACGCUACUCAACAUCUAAAUCAGGCAUAGGCAAACUUGGCCCUCCAGAUGUUUUGGGACUACAGCUCCCAUCAUUCCUAGCUAACAGGACCAGUGGUCAAGGGUGAUGGGAAUUGUAGUCCCAAAACAUCUGGAGGGCCGAGUUUAGUUAUGUCUAAUCUAAAUACUAGAGCGGGUGCAGGGAACCUUUGGCUUUCCAGAUGUUGCUGAACUCCCAUCAUGCUGAUCAUUGGCCAUGCUUACUAGGGGCUAAGGGGAGUUGUAGUUCAGGAAUGUCUGGAGAGUCAGAUACUCACCAUACCUGCUCUAGAGCAAACUCAUUUUGAACCUCUCAAGCUCUGGUGAUGCACUUUUAGAUCUUCAAGAAAUCAUGUAUCUUUAAGGCAUAUUUGCCAUUCAAAUUUAAAUCACUUUCAAAUCUAUUUCAGUCACCCAGUUCCUGACAAGGUAGCUCUGGGAAAUGUAGUUCAUGAUGGUCACUAUGAGCACAGGAUGUUGGACAAGAUGGGCCUUUGGCCUGAUCCAGGAAGCUGUUCUUAUGUGUUAUGUUUCUUGUCUGCUAUCAUCACAACCUGUGUUUUGUCUGCCCAAUCUAAAUUGCAUUUUUAAUACUUAGGAAGAUUCUUCCUUGUAGAAGAGAUCCUGAGAGGAGUCUUCUGCCUACAUAUGAAGCAUGAAGACAUGAUGAAUUUUCUUAAAUAUGUGACAUUGAAACACUGACAGUACUGCCACAAAGCCCAAGCAAAAUCUAGUUGUUUUUCUCAUUUGGUUCUGUGGGAACUCUGAAAUGUUUCUGGAGCUUUUUUUCAUAGACAUUCAAUCAUGGGGAGAUAUGAUAUCUUAGCUUUUCAGUGCCCAUUCCAAAAAUAGACACAGCUUAAUGAAAUUGCUAGCAUUAAGGUUUCCAAGAGCAAAGGCAAGAUUCAUUUGACUAUGCAAGAUCCAUUUUCAUGGCUUGGAUUAAUAGAAAUUAACAGACUCUAGAAUGACACUUUCUUGCUAACCAUCCUGAAACACCUGUCUUUCACUGUUGGUAGACAUACUACUAAAGAUGGGCCAUUGGCUUGAGAAAGUCAGGCAAUUCUUAUUAAAUACUAAUAAUUUAUUUUAAUGUAUAACCAUUUGAAAAUAUGCUAUGGGUACACUAAUUUCACAGUGUUUCAGGUUUACCUAUGGGAAAUAUUAGUUAUAUCCAAUGGCGUCCAUCAAUGUUGAUGAAAUGCUCUUCGAUCUAAUGGAGGUUUCCAUCAAGAGAAUGGGGAGAAAGGUGAUAUUUUUUGCCGUUUCUCCUUCUCUCCUGCAAUCCCAACGCUAUUCCAAGGAGUCCCCCAACCUUCUGUAGCAGAUUUUGAGGGUCAGAUCCAAGAAAAUACUUAAUUCAACUCCCUGUUGAACUGGAACUUACUUCCACAGGAGGCAGGGAUGCCUACCAACUUGGAUGGCUUUAGAAGAGGAUUGGGCAAAUUCAUGGGGAGCGGAUCAACGACUACUAGGCACAAUGGCAUUUUCCAUCUGCACUGUCAGAUGCAGUAUGCCUCUAAAUGUCAGCUGCUGGAAAUGGCGAGUGAGCAGAUUGCUGUUCUGCUUGUGUUCUGCCUGCCUUCAGCCAUCUGCUUGGCCACUGUGAGAACAGGACACUGGAGUAGAUGGGCUAGUGGCCUGAUGCAGCAGGCGUUUCUUAAGUCAUGGCAUAGCUACAGAAUGGCCAGGGAGGAGCAAAGUCAGUGGCCACCAUCUCUCUCAGAGCCCACACAUUCAUACCCAGGCAUAGUUUGGCAUAGCGUAAUUUGCAGGGCAGGGCAUUGUAGGUUCAGAAGUUCAUUCAGGCAUUAUUGUGUGUCUUUUUUUCUGAAUCCUGAACAGAAUGGAGAGAAAUCUAUAUGCAGUGAGUUUGAGCUUUCCAAACUGUGUGUCGCGACACAUUAGUGUGCCAGUGUGUCGCGCUUCUCUCGGGGCUGGAAAGGGGUUAGUUUAAUCUCCGGUUUGCCAGCAAAUUACUGUGUCUCAAAAUGAUGCAUGUCUAAAAAGUGUGUCACCAACAUGAAAAGUUUGGAAAGCUCUGUGUUACAUAAUGGAUUAAUAGCAUAUUUUUUAUUUCUGCUGAUUGAGCCCACUAAAAAGGGUUUAGUGUAAUCAUUCCUAUUAUUAAUAUUAUUAAUUUAUUUAUGCUCUGCCUUUUUUCCUGGCGGGUCUCAAGGUGGCUUACAGAUAAAAAUAAGAAUUGCUUUCCUAUUCUUAUCCUUGUUUACUCAGAAGUACCCUAUUCAAUAGGAGUUAUUCCCAGGUAGGUAUGCAUAGGAUUGCAGAGUUACUGUUACUCUUGAUGCUUCUAAAGAAAAUAUAUAGGGGACAGUCUCACAAAAUUAAGCAAUUUCCAUAGAAUAUAUUUAAGCAUACCAUAACCACAUUCCAAUGUGAUGCUACCAAAGUACACAGUCCUGCUUACAAUUAGGAUAAAUAUGUUGCCAUAGAAUUAAUAUACUACCUAUUGGCUCUACGCACAAUAUACUGCUGUAUCUUUUGCACAGUUUUAUGAGGGGAUGUUUUUGAUAAUGACUCCCUGCUUGCAUCAAGAGGUAAAUAAUAAAUAUGUUUUAAAUGCCAGGACAUAUGAAUGUGACUGCUUAUUAAUGAGCAGUUUGAUCUUCAUUGACUAAAAUCACUGCUGUAAUAUAAUAAUCUUCUUAAUGCUGGGGGUUGUUUCUGCCACAAACAGCCUGUCUUGACCAAGAUGCUUUCUGGUCAGGGAUGUCUGAAAUUUCCUUUUGUAUAUCUAAAACUAGUGUUGUGAGUAAUGUGCUGUUGCCUUAGAUUCAGAAUGCAAAUAUGUGUUUUAAAAGCACAGACAUUAGUAGGUAAUCAUUCAAGUGCAAUCCUAUGCUGAUUUUGUUUUUGUUUUUAAAUAAUAUUUAUUAGUAGUUUUCAGAAUUAU